AUGGGCAUAGUUGUCGUGGGAUCGUUAAAUUUUGAUUUGGUCACGUAUACGGAGCGUGUUCCGGUAGCAGGAGAGACCUUCGUUGCGGAUUCGUUUGAAACACAUGCUGGUGGUAAGGGGUUGAAUCAAUGCAUUUCGCUCGCGAAAUUAACCAAACCAUCUGAUGACCAGACAAGCAACAUUAGGAUGGUUGGCCACGUAGGUUCUGAUUCAUUUGGAAAUCAACUACUAUCAAAAUUGCAGUAUCAUAACAUCAAUACAGAAUAUGUUGAAGAGGUUGAUGACGAGUCAACUGGUGUUGCAGUAAUUAUAGUGGAAAAAGCUAAGGGACAAAAUAGAAUCAUGAUUACAGCAGGAGCGAACAGUAAGACUAUGUAUUCUGAUAAGCAGCUUGAAGUGAUGUUUCAAAAUAACGCCAAAGAAUUCAUUGUGUUUCAACAUGAAAUUCCUGAUCCUCCUUCCAUCAUGAAUUGGAUAAAGGCAAAUAGACCAAACUUUGAGGUAGUAUUCAACCCUUCUCCAUUUCAUGCAUUAAAAGUAGAAGACUGGAAAUCUGUUGAUAUUUUAAUUGUUAAUGAAAUUGAAGCCAUUCAAAUUGGCGAAUCACUGUAUGGUGAAGCCGUGGUUGAGAACUACAAAUCGAGAAUUGCGGAGAGCUUCAAGCUGGGAUACCUAGAAUUAGCGCAGUAUUAUCAGAGUAAUUUGAUAAACACAUCAAAUUCCUCGGUUGUUAUUAUAACUUUGGGAGAAUUCGGUGCAGUUUUUACCUCUAAGCAAAACGUUAAAGGAGGUCACGUUCCUUCAAUAGCGGUUGAGAAAGUUGUUGAUACUACUGCGGCUGGUGAUACCUUCCUUGGAGCGGUAGUAUCUCAAUUAUAUCAAAAACGCGAUCUAGAGAAAGCUAUACAGUUUGCAACUGUAGCUAGUUCCAUAACCAUUACGAGAAAAGGUGCAGCGGAAACAAUUCCGCUAUACGAUGAGGUUAUUAAUAAAAUAGAGUGA